AUGGGCCAAAAGACUGAGCCGAAAUUGCACAAGCCCAGGGCCUCUGCUCGAUCCAUCAAGGGACGAGGGUUGUUGCGCAUUAUUGGCUACGAAGAAAAUCCAGCCUUUCACCUAAAAGUUCGAAUUCAGACAAAACACCUGCAGGGCCAACCUUCCAAAGGGACAACACCUUGUGUUCCGUAA